AUGUACCCCUCCAUCUUCGCUGCACUUUCCACAUUACUUCCGAAUCUUCUUAGCGAAAAGACAUUUUUGAAUAGGGAAGCAGAGAUGGCUCGUAUUGAUGGAUACUCCGUCAUCAACGAAUGUCGAAAUUCACAGCCAUACAAGAUUUACAUCCCUGGGAAGAAAAUGUGCGUAUGGACAAACACAGAAGUUGGAGCGGAUGGGGGAUGCCCAAAGUACAAUUUUCAUACUCACUAUAUUAAUGAAGGAGUACAUGGUUGUUCUCAUGGAAAUGGUAUGGUCGCCUGUGUAUGCGAUGAACACACAUUGAACUGUUUUGAUUCACUUGAUAAUUCUACAAUAAAUACAUUGACUUUGCAAGAAUUGCGCUGCAUUCUGUGGCGUUGGGAGAAGGAGAAGCCUAGGAUCAGACGCCAAGCUGAAAAUGAAACUUCUUCGAAAGACAGCACUUCUUCUACUUCUAUUUCAACCUCAACUCGAGCAACCACUGCAGCGAAGACAGAAACCACUACAACGAAGGAGAAAACCACUACCAGUACAACAGAGGAAAAAACCACUACCACAACCGAAAAGGAAACCAGCACAACAAAAAAAGAAACAACUACAGACAAACAAUCGACAACAACCGAGAAGGAAACCACUAAAAUAACUACAACCGAGUUAACAAUUGGAAAUAGCACUUCUAAAACGCAUUCAACUACGACAACUGCAACGACCAGAAGAGAAAUAAAAACGGUGAAACCAACGCAGAAGACGAAAAAAGUUACUAGCACGAGAAAAACCCUGCCAACAACGGUUGAAGAAGACCGUGUGGGCGCAACCUCUGCCAGACCUCGAUUUGUCUACAAAAAUGUCACGGCCCACAUGUUGUCAGUUAUUGGUGCAUACGCAGGCACGCUUCUUCUACUUCAAGUCAUAGUAUUAUUGAUGUGGCAGAAACUGCAAAGACGUGAAGACAUUUUUGUAGUGAGAGAAAUGGCUAAGGAGAUAUCCAGAAGAAAGAAAUAG